GUGGGGGAUGGGAGGGGAGCUGCGAGGUCAGAGGCACAAGAUGGCGUCACUCCGUCGCGGCUCUGGAGGUGGAGACGCCGCUCGGGCUUCCUAGGGGAGGGGCGAGGCUGAGAGCUACAACCGGAGCCGUCCGCGGAGCCGGGGGCGCUGCUCUGAUUCUAAAUGGCUUCUAAGAAGUCGGGAUCCGACUUUCACGGGCCUUUCAGUUACCUUGAUGACAUCCCAUUUAAGAUUGGAGACAAAUUCAAAACACCAGCCAAGGUUGGCUUACCCAUUGGUUUCUGCUUGCCUGACUCUCCCCAGCUUGUCAGAGAAGUCCAGUAUGACUUCUCCCUGGAAAAAAGAACUAUCGAGUGGGCGGAAGACAUCAAAAAAAUCCAAGCAGCUCAGAGAGAAUCAGAGCGAAAGGCUGCACAAGCAAUAGCUAAUUCCAGGGCUGCUUCAGAUGACAACAGCAAAAUGGGCUUCUCGGAGGCUGUGCCACUUCCCAUUAACCCUAUUCUCGCUAGUCUACAGCACAAUAACAUUCUUACUCCCACCCCUGCCAACAGCAGUGCCAUAAAGCAAAAGGUCCUUAGUCCACCUUACCCGAAGGCAGACUUCAACCCAGCAGAUUUUGAAUGUGAAGAAGACCCAUUUGACAAUCUGGAGUUAAAAACUAUUGAUGAAAAAGAAGAACUGAAAAAUAUUCUUGGUACGACUGGGCCAAUUGUCACCCAACUGUUGGAGAAUAACUUGCCCAAAGUAGGGCCGGAGUCUGUGUUACAAGAUCAGGAAGUUCUGGCAUCCAUAGAAAGGGCUACCUUGGACUUCAAGCCCCUUCACAAACCCAAUGGCUUUAUCACUUUACCACAGUUGGAAAACUGUGAAAAGAUGUCCCUGUCUUCCAGAGUGUCCCUCUCCCCCAUCACGUCAGUGAGCAAUAUCAAAUCUCUCUCCUUUCCCAAACUUGACUCGGAUGAGAGCGAUCAGAAAAUGUCAAAGCUCACAAGCACUUUUCAUAGCGCUACCUGUCUCCACAACGGCACUUUCCUCAGCUCUUCACAGGUCUGCUCUCUGAGUAAGGCUAGCGAACUCAACGGACACCAUGUUGUUGGACUUUCUGCUUUACAUGUGGACAGUGGAAUGGAGACGUCGACAUUAUCCUCUUCAUCCAGGCUGCCUUCCCUAUCUGUGUCAACACCUUGUACAGAAGAACAAUCAUCUCAAAACACAGCAACGAAGGUACAGCCAGACUACAAGGAAUCAGAGUUCCCUAUGGUAAUGCACCAAAACUUCGCAGUGUCUAAAGUGCCCAGUAAUACCAGCUGCACUAAAUGGUCAAGCGGCCCCACGUACUCAGACGUGCUGCAGGCCCUGUCUGCCAGUGAGAGGCAGUGUGUGGAAACAGUCGUCAACAUGGGAUACUCUUACGAAGACGUCAUGACAGCCAUGAAGAAGAAAGGACAGAAUAUAGAACAGGUUCUUGAUUAUCUGUUUGCACACAGCCAGCUUUGUGAGAAGGGCUUCGAUCCUCUCCUUGUCGAAGCAGCUCUGGAAAUGUACCAGUGUUCAGAGGAGAAGAGCCUUGGCUCCUGUGAGGCUGGGAAGCUGACUGUAAGAAGGGUUGGUGUUUAAUCUCCCGGACACUAAGGAUCAUUGCAUUCACUCUCCAAACACUGCACUGAGGUCCUGGGGCUCGUGUCCUGAACACUUCAAGGGUGAGGCUGUGCCCUCAGCUUGUGCCCUGUGCCUCCUUUACUCUACCAUUCCCUCUUUAAAAUGAGCCAUCUCCUGACUUACGGCUUUGACAGCAAGACUAGAUAGCCAGCCUCACCCCACCCAUCUGUUCCACAUAGUCGCUGCUCCUUCAGCUUUAGCUUGUGCUGCUGGUACAUGCCAACUCCCCUGCUCUUUCCUGGGCUCAGGAUGGGAAUGGGACUUGGCAGAGGGAGGGUCAGGUAAGCACAAGGGGCAGCUCCUGGCAUGACAGAGGUGGAGUGACGUGGGCUUGGCUGCAGGAAGGAAUCUGCACCCAGCCCCUCCUGUAAACCUGGCAACAGAACCAGCCUCACCCAAACCCAGGAAAUAGCCUGUCCUUAGGUGACACCCACUUUGGGAAAAGCUACACAAGUUUAAUGGGAGAGGGGGAAGCCAGGGGACUUGUUAGGGACGUGAGUUGCAAAUGAAAUAGCUUUCUGUGAAUUCACAAUUCCGAUGUCUCCUCCUUCUGUCAGCCCUGAGGGUGUCUCCUGAGACUCAGGGCUCCCAGUUCUCGUGCUGUUGGUGGACACCUGUCUUCUGGAAACUGGGUUGAUCCCACCAAGAACCAUGUGAUAGCAAGGGCACUUGUACAGUUCCCAGACUCAGCCUCGGGAGCCUUUAGCUUCUAACAAGCAUGGUCACGACUUCAAAUUGAUACAACUUUGAGAUGCAGCAGAAACUGAAAGGGCAGGUUUUGGCCUACAUGGCCAGUGCAGAGUUCAGACUGGUUCUGUCCCAUCCUUGGGAAAGGCCCACGAAACCAUCAGGCUCUGGGUGGCCUCAGUGAAGAGCAUGUUGGGGACUGAUCCCUAACUCUCAAUGGAGACUGUGUAGGCCCCAGUGAUGGUCUUUAGCCUAGAAUGGUUAAUUCACGCAACAGAAGCUAAUGAUGCAUAAGAGACACACUGCAGCCCAAGCUUCAUUGCCUGCCGGUUUUCUUAGUAGUAAUAGGACCACCACAGUGCCUAGGAGCCCUCAUCCUAGAUUGCCCCCCCCCCCCCCUUUGUGUUAGAUGUUGUAUGAACACAGGCCUGGCUGAAAGAGCUAGCAGUCUGAGUGUGAGUCGAGACUGAUGCAGGAGUACAAGGAAACAAUGAGCAGCGUAGGUCAACAUGCGGGCAGUGGUCUCUGACACCAGCCGUCUAACCAUGGUGCAGCUUCUUGUAGGGAUUGCAAAGGAGGGUUUUGAAGGUGAAUAAUGAGCACAGCCAAAUGGCGGCCAUGCCGCUAAGUGUGCGUCCGUUAAACAAGUGCGGUUGAACUGGUUUGUCUCCGGCAUCUGGGAGUUUUGGCCAUUAACUGAGCAGCCCCCAUUCUGGCCAGUGGCAAGAGACUAGCCCUGCAUUGCCUUCCCAGCCCCCUGUCAGCAUCCCCUGAAUCAAAGCUGAGCCUUCCCUGGAACCUUCCCCUUCUCAAACCCUGAAUGUGUCUCUCUCUUCUAGACAACAGAACUUCUCCAGCUCAUGAGUAAAUUUAAGGAAAUGGGCUUUGAACUGAAAGACAUUAAGGAGGUCUUAUUAUUACAUAACAAUGAC